AUGUUUGCUGUUGGCAGUGCGGUUCCUACCGUUUUUGCGGACCGGGUUGGGCGACGCCGGCCAAUGAUAUGGGGUGUGCUUGGAAUGGGCCUAUGUAUGAUGAUGGUGGCAAUCCUGCUCAGCUUCAAGGGCCAGCCCAAUGAGCACUCCACAGCAUCAGCAGCAGUUGCCUUCUUCUUUCUAUAUAUGCUGAUAGAUGGGGCAUCUGUCAACUGUAUUCCGUGGUGCUAUGUGCCGGAGAUCUUGCCACUACAUGCACGAUCCAAGGGAACAGCAAUUGGAGUAUCGUCUAACUGGAUCUGGAACUUCUUUGUUGUUAUGAUCACCCCUGUCAUCAUCAACCGCCUGCAAUGGAAGGCAUAUUUGAUCUUCAUGUGCACUAACUUUGUCUUUGCACCGCUUGUCUACUUCUUUUGUCCUGAGACAGCUAAAAUGACGCUUGAGGAGAUCGAUUUCCUGUUUACUAACCCGGAUAAGGGGCCGGUGGAACUGUCCAAGGAGCUGGCAAAGGAGAGGAAGAAGCAUAGUCAUGUUAGCAUUGUGGCGGACACGGGGCUUACGAAGCAUAUGAGCGUGCUGGGAGAGGCAGGCCAGGAUAAAAUUGACACCAAGGAGGAGCAUAUCGAGAAUAAUUAA